AUGCCAACCAAGCGCAGGAACGCCGGCCGCGCCAAACACGGCAGAGGCCAUGUCAACCCCGUCAGGUGCAGCAAUUGCGGCCGCUCUUGCCCAAAGGACAAGGCCAUUAAGCGUUUUAACGUUCGUAACAUUGUCGAUGCAUCUUCCUUGAGAGAUUUGAGGGAGGCCUCCGCAUACCAUACCUACAACCUCCCCAAGUUGUACAUCAAGCAUUCUUACUGCGUAUCUUGCGCCCUUCACUCCACUGUCGGUAGGGCAGGUUCCGUUGAUGGGGCUACCUCUUGGGUCGAAGCUUUCGCAGGGGCUCGUGCCGCGGGGACUCCUUGUGGGUGGCUCUGCAUGGCGAAGCUGUUGAUGUGA